GUUAGUACUCGGUACUUAGUACUGCUUCUGCUUCCAUCCUCCAAUGCAGUUUUCUUAUUAGGACUUCACGCUUUAGGCGUUGGAGGCUCGCAGUUGCAUCUGGAGUCCGGACACAGAGAGAGAGAGAGGGAAAGGGAGAGUUUUCUCAUUAUUAUCUUUGUUUCAACCAUGUCUGCGUCUAUAGAGGUUAAUCCUCUGAAGCGACGCUUCGAACAAGUCACAGAAUCGGAGCCUAAGAUGUCGCCUGGUGGUGAUGAUUGCGAAGUUAAGGAAGCGAAUGGACUGAUCCCAAAGGAUUUUGAUGCAAGGAGUUACCAAAAGAAGGUUUUCCAAGUUGCUCUUCGGAAAAAUACAAUCGCUGUGUUGGAAACUGGUGCAGGGAAAACAAUGAUCGCUGUGAUGCUCAUUAAGGAAAUAGGGCAAGAUAUGAAGAUGAAUGCAGAUAAGAAGUUAAUUAUCUUUCUGGCACCAACUGUUCAUCUUGUUAAUCAGCAAUUUGAAGUAAUAAAGAUUCAUACGAAUCUCAAAGUGGAACAGUAUUACGGUGCUAAAAAAGUUGAUGAAUGGAGUGCUGAAUGCUGGGAAAAAGAAAUAAGAGAUCAAGAUGUAAUGGUUAUGACACCCCAAAUUUUAUUGGAUGCUUUGAGGAAGGCAUUUAUGACCCUAGAAAUGGUAUGCUUAAUGAUAUUUGAUGAAAGCCAUCGUGCUAUAGGAAAUCAUCCAUAUACAAAAAUAAUGAAGGAAUUUUAUCACAAAUCUGGAAACAAGCCAAAAAUUUUUGGAAUGACUGCUUCCCCUGUAGUUAGAAAAGGUGUGUCAUCAAACAUGGAUUGUGAGGAUCAAAUUUCAGAACUUGAAUGCAUCUUGGAUUCGAAGAUUUGUACUGUUGAGGACAAAGCUGAACUGGAAUUAUUUGUUCCCUCUGCAAAAGUAAUCAAUAGAUAUUAUGACCCUAUUAACUUUCAGCCUGAGGAAUUGAAGACAAAGUUGAAUUCCUCAUUGUCUAAGUUUGAUGCUCUGUUGGUUGAGAUGCGAGGAAAAUUGCUGAGUCAAUUCAAAGACACUGAUGAGAUAUUUAAGAAAUUGAGAAAACGUUUAUCAAAUCACCAUUCAAAGAUUCUGCACUGUUUGGAUGAUCUUGGCCUUAUAUGUGCUUAUGAGGCUGCGAAAGUAUGUUUGGAAAAUGUACGUAUUUUAGGCACUAUGGAGGAUGAAUUUUAUAGAGCUAGUUUUCUGCAGUGUAAAUAUUUUCUUGAAGAAGUGCUACAUAUAAUUGAAGAGUCCUUGCCAUCUGACUAUAGAAAAUUUUUAGAUGCUGGAACUCUUGAUCUAGAGGCCCUUGAAAUGGGUUAUAUAGCUCCAAAGUUAUUUGAACUGAUCCAAAUAUUUCAAUCUUUGGGAGGGACUAGGCAAAUUCUCUGCCUCAUAUUUGUAGAAAGAAUUAUCACGGCUAAAGUAAUUGAAAGAUUCAUGAAGAAGCUUAGUUAUUUAUCUCAUUUUUCUGUUUCAUAUUUAACUGGGGGGAGUUCAUCAGUUGAUGCACUAACACCAAAAGUGCAAAAAAAAACUCUCGACUCAUUUCGCCGUGGCGAGGUUAACCUAUUGUUCACUACUGAUGUGGCUGAAGAGGGAAUUCAUGUGCCAGACUGCUCCUCUAUAAUACGAUUUGACUUGCCAAAGACAGUCCGUAGUUAUGUUCAAUCACGAGGACGAGCUCGCCAACCUGAUUCUCAGUAUGUGAUUAUGCUUGAAAGGGGAAACAUCAAGCAACGGAAUCUAUUAUUUGAUAUUAUCCAAAGUGAGCAUUCUAUGGCAGAAACUGCUUUGAAUAGAGACCCCAAUGCAUGCAUUUCUAGAGUGUGUUGCAUUGAUGAAACAAAUGCAUAUGUUGUGGAGUCAACUGGAGCAUCUGUUACAGUAGAUUCCAGCAUUGGUCUAAUCCACCGAUACUGUGAAAAGCUCCCUGGUGAUAAGUAUUACACUCCAAAGCCGAAUUUUCAGUCCUCAUUGUCUGAAGGAUCUUAUGAGUGUACAUUGACUUUGCCUCCUAAUGCGGCAUUUCAAACAAUUGUUGGGCCUGCGAACAGAAAUUCUCAUAUAUCAAAACAGCUUGUCUGCUUGGAGGCUUGUAAGAAAUUACAUCAAAUGGGGGCACUUGAUGAUCAUCUUCUCCCUUAUAUUGAAGAUCCUUCAAGAGAUGCUGUUAUUGAAAGGACUGAGGAAUCUGCUUCAGGAGCGGGAACAACAAAGAGGAAGGAAUUACAUGGGACUGCCAUGGUCCGUGCUUUAUCUGGAACAUGGGGAGGCAAACCUGAUGGCGUUAUAUUACAGGCAUAUAAGAUAAAUUUCUCCUGUAAUCUUGUUGGAGAGUUCUAUUCUGGAUUUGUCCUUUUAAUUGACUCAAAACUAGAUAACGAUGUCGCAAAUGCAGAAGUGGAACUUUACUUGAUACCUGACAAGGUGGUCAAGUCAUCUGUUUCCCCAUGUGGGGAAGUCCAUUUAGAUGCAGAGCAGGUGAAAAAUUCGAUGUGUUUCCAGGGAUUUUUCUUUAAUGGAUUAUUUUUAACUUCUAAGAAACGAAGAGAAUAUUUACUCAAGACAGAAGAAAACAAAUCCUUGUGGUGCAGUUCGAACAUGUAUCUGCUUUUACCACUUGAGCUUCCAGACCCUGCAAGUCAUGAAUCCGUGAGAAUUAACUGGAGGGCCAUUGAUAGAUGUGCAGCAGUGGUUAAAUUUUUGAAGGAAAAAUCAUUUUUCAGUGCUGAUCACUCUUAUAUCAGUGAAAAGGGGGAUUCAUCAUUUUCUAGCACCAGUUCAUCUUACACAGAAUGCAAGAACUUGGAAGUUGUUCACUUGGCUAAUGUUUCUGUUAACGUUAAUGAUUUGAAAAAUAUGGUGGUAGUGUCCAUUCAUACUGGGAGGAUUUAUUCUGUUCUUGAUGUGAUGAUUGGUACAUCUGCUGAUAGUCCAUUUGAUUUGACUUCUGAUGCAGUCCCAUCAAAUUAUUCUACUUUCACUGAAUACUUCAAUAAGAAAUAUGGUAUUUUGCUGAUGCAUCCAGGACAGCCUUUGUUGCUGUUAAAGCAAAGCCACAAUGCGCACAACCUUCUUCUUGCAAAGCCAAAUGAAGAUUUGAAGAAACAUGAAGGGCAAUUGUCUGCCUGUAGGUCCUGGGCUGUUUGUAACUCAACACUACAUAAAUUGGGAACCGAUCGCAAAAUACAGGGUUAUAUACGGGACAGUGCAUUUGAUCCACGUCGUUGGGUUGCUCCAGGACAGCUUACUUCCCACCCUGUUCAUUGUAAAUGUCCCGUGGAUACUAAUGAAGUGCCUCUUGGAAGAAAAUUUAUAACUGUAGAUACUUCUGUGGUUGUUGGAAAGGUUUGUGAUAGAGGUCAUAGGUGGAUGUGCUCCAAGACUAUAGCAGAUUGUGUUGAAGCACUGAUAGGAGCUUAUUAUGUUGGUGGUGGAUUGAGUGGUGCCUUAUUAAUAAUGAAAUGGUUUGGUAUUGAUGCUGAGUUUGAACCCAGAUUGAUAGAAGAAGCCAUUAAUAGCUCAUCUGUCUGGCGUUACACCCCUAAUAUUAGUGACCUAGAAAUGCUGGAGUCAAAGCUUCAUUAUAGGUUUUCUGUGAAGGGUCUUUUGUUGGAGGCUACAACACAUGCUUCUCUUCAAGAAUUAGGAGUUGGCUACUGUUAUCAGAGGCUUGAAUAUCUGGGUGACUCUGUAUUGGACCUGCUUAUUACUUGGUAUCUCUAUCAAAAUCACACAGAAAUUGAUCCAGGGGAGUUGACUGACUUGCGAUCAGCAUCUGUUAAUAAUGAAAAUUUUGCUCGAGUCGUCGUGAAACACAACCUUCAGCAGCAUCUUCAGCAUGGCUCAGGGAUGCUUUUAGGACAGAUAACAGAAUAUGUGAAAUCUGUUUCAGAGUCUCAUGAUAAUACUAGGUCUCUUGAAGGCACAAAAGGUCCCAAAGUUCUCGGAGACUUGUUGGAAAGUAUUGCAGGAGGAAUACUAAUUGAUACCAAACUCAACCUUGAUGAAGUGUGGAGAGUUUUCAGACUUUUACUUUCACCUAUUGUGACACCCGACAAACUUGAGUUGCCUCCCUUGCGUCAAUUACAUGAAUUAUGUGAUCAUCUUGGAUACUUCAUAAAAGAGGAGUGUGUAACUAAGGGAGACAUGUUUCAUGCUAAACUUUGCUUACGACUGAAAGAUGUCCCUUUGACAGGUGAGGGAUGUGAAAGGAAUAGAAAAGCAGCAAAAGGGCUAGCAGCACUUCGUUUGUUGAGGGACCUAGAGAAAAGAGGUAUUUCGCAUUCACUUUAUGUUGCUAAGCAGAAGAAACUGGAACCUGUUGAUGGUUCAUCUUUCAUGGACAUGGCUGUUUACCACCAUCUUCAACCAAAUGAUGAGGCAGUUGUGGGAUCAGUCCCUCCUAAAAAACUCAAGACGAUUGAAGGCCUGCUCCCUGUGGAGACACCUGCCAAUAAUAAUCCCCUUUCUGAGGAUGGUUUUGAGAAAGUCUGUGACCCCAAGCGCGCUUCUCCAGUGAGUGUAUCAAUUAACUUGCAGAAAGGAGGCCCUCGAUCCUCCCUCUAUCAGCUCUGUAGAUUAUUACAGUGGCCAAUGCCUAGUUUCCAUUCGGUAGAACACAAGUCAAGAUUGCCGAUUGAAUUUGGUGAAGGUUCUGAAAGACGCGUGGGUUUCAGCAGUUUUGUAUCAAAAAUAUCCUUGCACAUUCCAAAUGAUGGUGCUAUUGAAUUGACGGGAGAUCAGAGAGCUGAUAAGAAGAGUUCAUUCGACUCUGCAGCACUCCUCAUGCUUUAUGAGCUUGGAAGACAGGGGAAAUGUGUGAUUGAGGAUUAGUGAACAGGAUUUGAUACAAUUUAAGUGCAUUAUUACUUGUGCAAUAUAUAGGAAGAAUCCCCAGAAUGGGAUGUUUUUUUUGUUGUUCCAUAAUCUUGAAACAGAAUAGGAAUAUCAGGCUAAUGAGGGUUUUGGAGUUAUAUGCCCAAUUGGAGGCAGUUUCCUUUCUCCCCCGGCAAAGGAGGUAUUCCUUCACCGUGGGCAUUUGUAAGGGUGAGACGAAUAUUAUAAUGCGGGUAGGAGCACUGUUGAACUUUUGUCCUACCGGAGUAUUGAUGACUGUCAAAUUGUGGGUAUAAACAUCAUUUGUAAUUUGUUGUACAGUGCUCCUUUGAUCAUUUAUUUUAUUAACUUUCAUGUUGUAUUUAUUUGAAACUUUUCAAUGUACAAAGAUGCCUCAUUUGACAUUGUGUAAAAAAGGAGAACAAAAUCUAUAAAAUUUCACUUUUGUGUUCAUAAA